AGUGUAAUAUGGUUUUUAUUAAUUGGUUUAUACUUCACAACAGUAGGUGUCAAGUGCCGUGUGGCAGCUGUAAAAACUUGUCCCGUACUUCACUUCAAUGUUGUUGUAUUUUUCUGGUCCUUCGGGAUCAUUGAUGCCAGCACUAUUAAGUGUUGAGACUUGAGUACCGCUCAAGCCGGUGCUAAGGGGCGUUAGGGAUGUUGCACUUAUCAAUUAUCCCUUAUGUACAGACUCAAUGAAACCGAGUCUGCAAUUCUUAUUUGAUUUUGUUGUGAUUAAUGCUUCCGAGGGAUCACUUUGUUUCCAGAUUUUUAUUACACUCCUGUGCCGCGGUUUAUAUGAUAAUAAAUUAAAUAAUAAACCGUUUAAUCAUCAAUUAUAAGGAUAUAGGUUCAUGUUUAUUGAAUAGAGGAUUUAUUUGAUUAUUGAUCAAGAUUCGUAACACUGGAAUCGCUUCGUUCGUCUCAAAGUCACAUUCCUAAGACAUCACUGAUAUAUCGAUAACAUGUUUUUUAAAGCAAUCUGUCAUAUCAAUACGCGCUAUUGUGUUUUGCUUUAUUUACUUCCGUAUCAAAGGUUUAUAACCUUGCUACUGUACAAUAACAAAUGUAGAAAUAAAGUAUUGCUCGUGUUUGAUGAUUGAGAAUAUAUAAAGGAAACAAUGAGGAACAUAGAUUUGAUUGCAAGUACGCUUUGUAUGUUUCAACUUGUAAACAACACUACAGGAGGGAUUGAUGAACAAUGUUUAGUAGAUUGUGCAUGCUGUAUAGAUAGAGUAUGUGGACCAGGGCAUUAUUUUUCAAACGAAUGUUACAUAGGCUGUAUAGAAGGUCAUAGAGGUGCACGCUGCUCUCAACUAUGUUCACAUAACUGUACAAAAUGCACUAGUCGUGCAGAUUCAUGUACUGCGUGUUAUGAUGGCUAUUAUCCCGGCUCUGCUAGAGACUGCACAUCAAAGUGUUUACCCGGAUGUAAAACAUGCACGUCAGAAACCACGUGUACAUCAUGCAAGGAGGGUUAUUAUAACGCUGCUGGUCAAAGUUAUUGUAACUGUGCUGAACAUUGUUAUUGUGAAAAUAAUCAGUGUAUUUCAUGUAAGGAGGGAUACUACGAUACCAGUAAUUUAUGUAAUAGUAUAUGUCCAGGUAACUGUGUCAUGUGUUCGCCAAAUACUAAUUGUUAAUCGUGUAAGGAUGGUCAUUAUUAUAAAGGUUACCAAUACGACAACAUUAAUCUCCCUUUGUUGAACGACUGCACAUACAAAUGUCGAGAUAACUGUGUACGAUGUGCGUCCUAUGAC